CACAAACAAACUAACAAACUCUUUGGCUCUCUCAAUUCUAUCAAAUCAAAUCAUUGUUGUGAAAUCCUUUUGGUUUUCAGCAUCAAACAACAUAUACUACAAGAAAAGAAACACACCCACCAAACCAUUUCCUUCAACCGCAAGGCUAAAGCGCUUCAAUUUAAUUCGAAUAACUGUCACAUCCCAACGGAUAAAACAAAUAGAAUUUUCAUUAUUCAACUUUCAACAAACUCCCUUCUUUCAAGGACAAGGAUUCUGGAGCAAAGACAUGGCCUUGUUUCGUAAACUCUUUUACAGGAAGCCACCUGAUGGCCUUCUGGAGAUCUGUGAACGUGUCUACGUUUUUGAUUGCUGCUUUACUACUGAUGCUUGGGAAGAAGAAAACUACAAAGUCAACAUAACAGGAAUAGUUAGUCAUCUUCAAGAUCACUUCCCCGAUGCAUCAUUCUUGGUCUUCAAUUUCCGGGAAGGAGAAACGCAAAGCCAGAUGGCUGAAUUCUUAUCCAAGUAUGAUAUGACGAUAAUGGAUUACCCUCGUCAAUAUGAAGGGUGCCCGUUACUCGCAAUGGAGGUGUUCCACCAUUUUUUGAGAUCAUGUGAAAGUUGGCUCUCACUUGGUCAGCAAAAUUUGCUUCUAAUGCAUUGUGAACGAGGUGGUUGGCCGGUCUUGGCUUUCAUGCUGGCUGCAUUGCUGUUAUAUAGGAAGCAGUACAGUGGAGAGCAGAAGACGUUGGACAUGAUAUACAGGCAAGCUCCCCGUGAGCUUUUGCAGUUGCUGUCACCUCUGAAUCCAACUCCUUCACAGUUGAGGUAUCUACAGUAUGUCUCGAGGAGGAAUGUGGCCUCAGAAUGGCCUCCUCUGGAUCGAGCUCUCACCUUGGAUUGCGUCAUUCUUAGAUACAUUCCUAAUUUUGAUGGAGAAGGAGGCUGCCGUCCAAUAUUUCGAAUAUAUGGACAGGAUCCUCUUCUUGUUGCUGAUAAAACUCCAAAAGUUUUGUACUCAACUCCUAAAAGAAGCAAAUUUGUCCGGCAUUAUAAGCAGAAAGAGUGUGCGUUAGUUAAAAUUGAUAUAAAUUGCCAUAUUCAAGGUGAUGUUGUGGUUGAGUGUAUCAACUUGAAUGAUGACAUGGAAAGAGAGGUGAUGGUAUUCAGGGUUGUGUUUAACACUGCUUUCAUAAGAGCAAACAUUUUGAUGCUCAAUCGUGAUGAGAUUGAUAUAUUGUGGGAUGCUAAGGAGCUGUUUCCAAAAGAAUUUAGAGCUGAGAUUCUUUUCUCAGAAAUGGAUGCUGCUUCUUCCAUUAUUUCCAUGGAUUUUCCUUCCUUUGAAGAGAAAGAAGGUCUUCCUAUGGAAGCAUUUGCCAAAGUUCAUGAAAUCUUUAGUCAUGUUGACUGGUCAGAUCCUAGGGCAGAUGUUGCAUUUAACAUGCUUCAACAUAUAGGUGCAUCAAAUAUUGUCCAAGAAAAGUCUGACAGUGAUAGGAAUAGCAGUGUGGAUCUCAGCCCUCGGCUGCGGAGAUUAAGUUCUAAAACACUUCAGGAUGAAACAAAGCUCACAGUAUCACCACGUAGCCCAAGGAGUCCUGCAUCUAUCGGUAUGAAGAUUCUAUCUGCAUUCUCACAAAUUUCAUCUCUUGAUUCUGAUACAAGUAAGGAGGCUAAGCCCCAAGACUCUCGCAUUGAACCAUUCAGUCAGUCUGAUGUCAUGCACCAACAAAAUAACCAGUCUACUGCAGGGCCACUUUUGCAUGAUUCUGUGUCAUCUGUUUGUCAGGUCAGUCAUCUAACUGCAGCAUCUGCAGAUGCAGUAAAUGAUUCUCCAGCUGUGUUACAUAAACCGAAAGCUGUUGAAACUAAAAGCAUUUCAGUUUCUCCACAAACACCUUUAUCUGCUCCAGUUCAACCUCCCUCUACUUCUAGUGCAACAAAAGCUCUUCCUCAUCCCCCACCACCUCCACCAUUUCCAACUCCUCUUUCUUCAGCAUCAGAACCGCCAAAGUCUUCACCUGCUAUAGAAAUUGGAACUUACUUACAAGAAGGCCAGUCUGCAUUAGCCAAAGAUGCUCUUGUAGACAAGACUCCAUUUGCAGCAACCACUUCAAAGGCUUCCUCUUCUUCCACCUCUCCAGCCCUUGCAAUAGCUUCAACUGUGCCACCUCCUUUAACACCAACUCGCAAGGAGGACCCAGGUAUUAGAGGGAGCCCUCCUGCAGCCCCUCCACCUCUUCCAGCACCACCUUCGAAAGAGAAUCAAACUAUCAGUGGCGUACAUCUGGAAGCAUCUCCAUCUUUAGAGGAAAAUUUAGCUUUUAGUGCUAGAAUUCCAGCAGCACCUACACCUCCUCCUGCAUCUCCCUUGAAUGAAAUUGCAGCUGUUAGAGAUGGACCUCUUGCAGUUCCGCCCCCACAUUCUCCUCCAGCAACUGUUAGAGCUGGGUCCCCUGCAGCUCCUCCACCACCACCUCCUCCUCCAAUGCCACCUUUGAAUGAAAAUUUAGCUUCUGGAUCUGCACCUUCUCCACCUUCUCUUCAUUCCAGGCAAGCAGCAAGUCCUGCAGCUUCAUCAUCGGCACCCCCACCACCUCCUCCUCCAAUGCCACCUUUGAAGGAAAAUUUAGCUUCUGGAUCUGCACCUCCUCCACCUCCACCACCUCCUCUUCAUUCCAGGCAAGCAGCAAGUCCUGCAGCUUCAUCAUCGGCACCCCCACCGCCACCGCCACCUGCCCCUGUCUUGUCAUCAAGUUCUUCUCAAGUUCCUGCUGCCCCACCACCUCCUGCUCUCUUUCCUAAAAAGACAAAUGGUGUUUCUCUGGAACCUCAGGCUGUAGGUAGAGGAUCUUCAGCUCCUGCACCACCACCUUUUAGUCCUUCCACAAAUUCAAAGAGCAGACUUUUGUCACGUACUAUUAGUUCAAAGGGUCAUCAGACCAAGAAACUAAAGCCAUUGCAUUGGUUGAAGUUAUCUAGAGCUGUGCAGGGUAGCCUAUGGGCUGAAGCACAGAAGUUGGGUGAAGCAUCUAAGGCUCCAGAGAUUGACAUGUCAGAGCUUGAGAAUCUUUUCUCAGCAGCUACUCUGAAUACAGAUCGUGGUGGAAAAUCAAGUUCACAUACCGCACGUGGGCCAAAAUCUGAUAAAGUGCAACUGAUUGACCACAGAAGAGCAUAUAAUUGUGAAAUCAUGCUUUCAAAAGUGAAGGUGCCCUUGGCUGACUUAAUGAGUUCGGUGCUUGCCUUGGAGGAUUCAGCAUUGGAUGUUGACCAGGUUGAUAACCUCAUAAAAUUUUGUCCUACCAAAGAGGAGAUGGAAGUACUAAAGGGCUAUACUGGAGAAAAGGAGAAGUUAGGGAAAUGUGAACAGUUCUUCUUGGAGUUAAUGAAAGUUCCCAGAGUAGAAUCCAAGCUCAGGGUUUUCUCUUUUAAGAUACAGUUUGGCUCCCAGGUUUCUGACCUCAGAUGUAGCCUUAAUGUUGUAAACUCCGCAGCAGAGGAGAUCAGAAAUUCUGUCAAAUUGAAGAGAAUCAUGCAGACAAUUCUUUCAUUAGGAAAUGCUUUGAAUCAGGGAACUGCAAGGGGUUCUGCUGUUGGAUUUAGGUUGGACAGUCUUCUUAAACUAACAGAGACACGUGCACAGAACAACAAGAUGACUCUCAUGCAUUACCUUUGCAAGGUCCUUGCUGAUAAGCUUCCAGAUCUACUAGACUUUUCAAAAGAUGUUUCCAGUUUAGAACCUGCAUCAAAGAUACAACUGAAAUAUCUAGCAGAGGAAAUGCAAGCCAUAAGUAAAGGAUUGGAGAAAGUUGUGCAGGAACUGUCCAGUUCCGAAAAUGAUGGGCCUGUGUCAGAAAAUUUUCGUAAGACUUUAAAGGAGUUCCUUUGUUUUGCCGAAGCUGAAGUAAGAUCCCUGGCUUCACUAUACUCGGGGGUGGGUAGAAAUGUGGAUGCAUUGAUUCUUUAUUUUGGAGAAGAUCCAGCUCGCUGUCCCUUUGAACAAGUUAUUUCAACUCUACUCAAUUUUGUGAGGAUGUUCAACAAAGCUCAUGAAGAGAACUGCAAGCAGCUUGAGCAGGAAAUGAAAAAGUCGGCAGAAAGCGAGAAGUUGAAGAUGAAUGCUUCACAGAAGGAAUCAGAAAACUUAUUGCAAACUUCUAUCGCCAGCAGCAAUGUCAAAUGAUUCAGAGAGAUCAACCUAAACUGCUUUCCCUUCUCAGGAGCAGAAAAUUUACAUAUACUCCAAAGGGCCAGAGGCAUUCGAACAACUAUUUGCAUUGGCAGAAAACAUAAGGUGGCGGCUUUGCUGUUGAGAGGAGAACAUAUGGUUGACUGGUACAAUCAAAAUGUGAAAUGUAAAUACGGAAGUGAUGCAUUUCGCUGCUAACUCGAUGUUUCUGAGAGGCAAGCACUUCCAACCACCAAUCCCAGUUCAUUUUCAGUCAUAGUUUAGCUUAAUGCUUGUGCCUCUUCAUUUCUUCCCUUGCUGCACAAUAUAACUUACUGAUGCGGUCUUAUCAUUUUUGUUUGGAGCAGAGAUACUGGGUUCCUUCUGUAAGCAACUUGUAAAUUAUCUUCACAGAACUUGUAAGUAGUUUUCAAGAAACAUUUUUUGGGGAUUGUGAAUCUCUUUUUCCCCCCAUCAAAAAUUUUGUUUUCAUUCCCAGAUUUGCCAAGUUUUGCUUUGCCAAUGUGCCCUUUGUUUCUCAACAAUAAAUAAUUGUGGGACUGUAUAUCUGCCAUAUCUAUUGAUGGGCAUCCUUUCCACCAUGAAAGAUCUCAAGCUUCAGCUUUUGAUUUUUACAGAGUUUGUGAACUUAAAAGAUCAUAUCUGAGGUAGCAAAGUAAUGCACCAGGAUUAAUUUUCCA